AUGGCGGCGGCAUCCUCCGUCCCGCAAGAGGUGCUCGGCCUCGCCAUUUUCGUUGAUUGCCUGAGCCUUAUUGCCACCGUCCUGGGCCUUCUCUUGUGCUUUAUGCUGUGGAACCAUGGCGAGCGAGUCUCUUCAAUAUUCACCUACAACGUCGAUGCUCUUCUUGUCUUGUUCUGGUCGAUCGCCCUGUUCAUUGGUACCUGGGACAUCAGAAUGAAGACUUCGAGCAAAAAGAUCAUGUCAGCCGUCUUCAAGACCUCUGCUAUUGUCCUCCCUAUAGCCAUGUGUGUGGUUUGCAGCAAUGACGCCAUCCAGCAAAUUCCGGUGGCUUAUCUGGUUCUCUUUAACUUUAUCAUGGCAAUUUGCCUAACGACCGGAUCACUCCUUGUAAUCGUCGUACUUCUGAAAUACCUCCAGAGUCGGAACCUUUUCACGCGCUUUUUCCCUCGUUCAACUGGAAAGUCGCCUUCAUUAGGUGGUGGUACCAUGUCUAGUGUCGCAACGACACGGACCCAGACCGGCACCGAUAAGUGGCUCAUCGUUCGUUUUAGUAUCAUCAUGAUCUGUCUCCUAGUCUUCGAGACAGCCCAGAUCAUCUACCAAAUCGUCAACUACGAACGCAACCGACACGAUUCAAGAGCCGCGGCGACAUCGCCAGACUUCAGCAUCGAACAGGCAAAGGUCGAUAUAUCUCAAGACAUUCCAGGCACGCUGCCAAGCAUCAUCGCCACUGGUAUACAGCAACCCAAGCAGCAGAAGGCCUUCCUCGCCAACACGAAGGCAUUCUCGAACAUUCUCACCUAUCCUCAAGACUGGAAGCCAGCUCGGGAGUCCGGAUGCUCAAAUUAUUGGAUCGUGGGAAUGGUCCUCUCACAACCGCCAAGGAUCACUGCCAUACAGUCAACAGGACUCCUUGCCCGGCAGCCGAAGACCAUCAGCCUCUUUAGGGAGAGAACCAUCUGUAUCUUCUCUCCAUUCACAGCGCUCCUGGAGAAGCCCGUCAUUGACGAGCUCCGCAACUCCGCCUCGACCCCGUGCACUUCCUUUGCUCCCUGA